ACAUUUUGUUUGGAUAAAAUUGGGUGGGAGCUUCUGAUCCAGACACAAGACUCGAUGAAGAUGAGUUGCUUGAAAGGGACAACCAUCUCAUUCUCAUGCCUCAAACUCGCUUUCCCUUCUUACCCUUCUUCCUUCCAGAAUCUUCCAUUUCGCCGCACCAUCAAGCCUCUCUCCGCCGCCCUCCAAACAUCUCCCGCCACUUCACCAUCAACCACCAAGGCCGAGGACCAAGUUGCGAGGUCUCACUGGAAGGCCGCAAUAGACUUCAAGUGGAUAAAGGAUAACAAGGAAGCCGUUGCUGCCAACAUUCGCAACCGUAACUCCGAUGCUGAUUUGGAACUCGUCCUUCAACUCUAUGACCACUUCUUCAAUCUUCAGAAGGAAGUUGAGAGAGUGCGCGGAGAAAGAAAUGCGGUAGCAAACAAGAUGAAAGGGAAAAUGGAACAAUCUCAGCGUCAAAGACUAAUUGAGGAAGGAAAGAAUUUGAAGGAAGGACUCAUUGCUUUGGAAGAAGACCUGCUCAAGCUUAACGACAAACUUCAACUCGAAGCGCAGCGUAUACCAAACAUGACUCAUCCAAAUGUUCCAAUAGGUGGAGAGGAUAGUUCUAUGACAAGGAAGCUGGUUGGCAGUGCUCCAGAAUUUAGUUUCCCUGUCAAGGAUCAUCUUGAACUAGGAAAGGAACUUUGCCUUUUCGAUUUCGACACAGCUGCAGAGGUCAGUGGGUCAAAGUUCUACUACUUGAAAAAUGAUGCAGUUUUGUUAGAGAUGGCCCUUGUGAAUUGGACGCUCUCAGAAGUGAUGAAGAGAGGCUUUACUCCAUUAACAACGCCUGAACUUGUACGGUCCUCUGUUGUUGAAAAAUGUGGCUUCCAACCUCGUGGAAACAAUACACAGGUUUAUUCCAUAGAAGAUAGUGACCAAUGCCUCAUCGGCACUGCAGAGAUACCUGUUGGGGGUCUUCAUAUGGAUUCUAUACUUGCUGAAACUUUGUUACCCCUGAAAUAUGUAGCAUUUUCUCAUUGCUUCCGUACUGAGGCUGGUGCUGCCGGCAGUGCAACAAGGGGUCUUUAUCGAGUUCACCAGUUCAGCAAGGUUGAAAUGUUUAUUUUCUGCCGCCCAGAAGAGAGUGAACAUUAUCAUGAAGAGCUUAUUAAAAUUGAAGAAGACAUGUUCUCAUCCCUUGGGUUACAUUUUAAAACUUUAGAUAUGGCUUCCGAAGAUUUAGGUGCACCUGCUUACCGUAAAUUUGAUGUGGAGGCAUGGAUGCCUGGCUUAGAACGGUUUGGCGAGAUUUCAAGUGCAUCAAAUUGCACAGACUAUCAGAGUCGUAGGUUGGGAAUCCGGUAUCGCCCGUCGGAAGCACCGGUUGCAAGCCCAAAAAGUUCUAAAGGCAAUCUGGCUCCACCACUGUUUGUUCACACGCUAAAUGCAACAGCUUGUGCAGUGCCACGGAUGAUAAUAUGCUUGCUUGAGAAUUACCAGCAAGAAGAUGGAUCCAUCCUUAUCCCCGAGCCUUUGAGGCCCUUCAUGGGUGGGCGCAGUGUUAUCUCUAGAAAAUUGUGAUACAAGGGAUCGCAGCCUUUGCAUCAUUUGAAGGACUUUUGCUGUUGCGGCUUUAGAUUGUGGUGGUAGAUGAGUUCAAUCAACUUUAUCUAUGGAAGUUGGCAAAAAUUAAGUGGUUGCCUGGUUGGUUCCUGAUACGUAUGAAACUUAGUGAUAUAUCUGUGAAAUAUAAUUUUUUGUUUAGUGUAGGCACAUAUAUUUCAACACUAUUGCAUACUAAAAAAUUAUCAAUGACAACAAUAGUCCUGAUACAUUGAUCUAACCCCCUUUUUCUAUUUAAUUUAAAGAGUUCAGGGUUUUUUUUCUCU